UUUUUUCUUUUUUUUUUUACUUGUGUCCGUCGCACGUUAUCGUAAUCCCGUGACGUCUCUUCGGCGAUAAAAAAAUUCAUCGAUUGAUACUCAUUAAUAACGAUUGUGCUUAGACGCGUGCACCAUCAUAUUCAGAGGAAUGUAUAAAGCGCAACGAUAUUUAGUCAAUCUAACUGCGUACGAUCAUAGAAAUGCGCCGUAUAGUAGCACGGGAAUUGCGUUUAUAUAAUGUUUGUCGCUGAGGAAGAAUUGAUAAGACCAAGUGGAUUCGUUAAGACAUCGAAGGCAAACGGUUCGCAGUGAGGCGUACGCUGCCUUGGCUUCUUGUUAACAAACUGUUAAACAGCAGUUCCUUAUACAAUCCUGAUUUUAUAUAUUGCAUUUCGAAGCGCAAGAGACGUAUCGUAUCGCGUGAUAAUAUCCUCUGCUAGCUAAUCCGUGCAACAGAGAAAGACCGGUGAAAGAAGUCGGUUCAGUACAUUGCGAUAUCCAUUUUUUUUUUCACUUAAGAAACACGAUUUGUUCAUUAUCGACUUAAGAAACAUCAUCGUACACAUUUGAUGGAGAAAGUUAAUUACAUCUGACGCCUUGACUUCGUGUUCUAAGUUAAGAAAAGAAUUAUUAAUGUAAACGUAAUCACGACGUUCCGUCUGUUCCUUGUCUCCAUAACAGAUUAACAUGGUGGCGAAGUAUAGAUGGCAAGGAGAAAGAGGAAUAAAAAAAUUGUCCAAACUCUGAAAAUCAGUCAGCCAGAUGACAGCAAGGCUCAUAUGCCUUAUCGCACAUUGAUUUAGAGCUGUUUUUCUUGUUAUCUUUAAGUUGCUCUGAGUUGAAUAUUUCUCAUUGGAUACUGCUGUUCCAGAAAAUGAGACCUAACUCAUUCUCCUUUUCUUUAAUUGUCACGGGAUAGCGUGUUGGAGUGCGUCACGACGUAUCGAGAUCAUCGCCGGUUAAAUCACAUACCAAUAGUAUUUAUACUGAGUAUGAAUUCAAAUUGGAAAACAAUCGCGUUAUCUAUUCAGAGUUUUGUCGGACGUCUAUCUUGUAGUUUCUAAAUUUUUCUUUGUCUUCCGUUAUCGUGGUUAUCCGCGACUGUGACUUCUCCAGUGAUAGACGCUCCCGAAAAGAGCUCCGGCGAACUGUAAUGACAGUGUGGUGGUACUUAGGCAACCUCGAGAACAAAGGAAGUGCCAAAAGAAACAAAGGAGGAUGCCAGCCACGUUAACGUAUCCCAUAUACGCCGGCAUUGAGCAACCGCCUCCUAGACGAAGAGCCAACACCUGGAAUGCACGAAGAAGAUCAUCUGCGAUUCAGGAACACGCAGCUGCUCGUCUAGGACGUCUCUCUUUGGUAGAGUCUCCGAGAGAUGAGGCAACAAACAGGCUGAGGUUAAAAGUCAUAGCAGGACACCAGCUUGCCAAGAAGGAUAUUUUUGGAGCAAGCGAUCCGUACGUACGAGUCGACUUGAACACCAUAAAUGGCGACGAAACGGUGGAUUCGGCCCUUACGAAAACUAAAAAGAAGACACUCAAUCCUGUGUGGGAGGAGGAAUUUAUUUUUCGAGUGAAGCCAGCCGAGCAUAAACUGGUGCUACAAGUGUUUGAUGAAAACCGAUUGACACGGGAUGAUUUUCUUGGAAUGGUGGAGCUGACUUUAAUAAAUUUACCGAAAGAACAAGAAGGACGGGACAUUCCUGCUAAACAGUAUAUUCUACGACCGCGUAGUAAUCAUUCCAGUCAGCGAUCCAGAGUCAAAGGCACCUUGGAGGUCUACCAUGCAUACAUAUCGGAUUCCCCAGGGAUAGACACGGGAGAGGGUGAGAAUGCUCCAGAUUCUGGCGGUUGGGAAUUGUUGGAACAACCAACCCCAACAUCAAACAACAGUCCCGUCGAGCAACCCGCAGAGGCUGUUUUGGUAAACGGUCCUUUACCGCCAGGUUGGGAAGAGAGGCAGGAUGCAAAUGGCCGAACGUAUUACGUCAAUCACGUAGCUCGGUUCACGCAAUGGGAAAGACCAACAGUCACGAAUGUGGCGAGGGUGGAUGGUGUUACACAUGAGCAACGAAAUUUGGAUACAGCUGCUACUGAAUUCCAGAGACGAUUUCACAUUAGCGUAGAUGACGCAGAAAGUAGACACAGUAGAACAUCCGCUAUUAGUCAGCAUGGCUACCUGGCUGAAUGUGAUGACCAGAGUGACGACAACGUAGACAGUCCUGCAGGUUCCAGGAGAUCAUCGGAGCAGAUUGAAAGCCCUAAGGUACCCACUGUGCCAGCACCCAAUGGAGAUGGUUUACCACCAGGGUGGAGUAUGCAGCUAGCUCCAAAUGGCCGAAUGUUCUUCAUCGAUCACAACGAACGUGCCACCACUUGGGUAGAUCCUCGAACAGGCAGGGCUAGUCCUAUGCCUAGUCAUAAUGCACCGUCAGCUACCCCUAGGAGUGAUCUUGAUCAGCUGGGACCACUUCCUGAGGGUUGGGAAGAACGUGUCCAUACGGACGGCCGUAUAUUCUUCAUAGAUCACAAUACAAGAACAACACAAUGGGAAGAUCCUCGAAUGUCCAAUCCACAGAUUGCUGGUCCGGCUGUACCUUACUCAAGGGACUACAAACGCAAAUACGAAUAUCUCAAAUCUCAAUUAAGGAAGCCUAGUAACGUACCAAACAAAUUUGAGAUUAAAGUGGGCAGAACGAACAUUCUGGAGGACUCGUACCGUAUAAUCAGCUCAGUAAACAGGGUGGAAAUUCUCAAGACAAAAUUAUGGGUAGAAUUCGAAGGCGAAGUUGGAUUAGACUACGGUGGUCUUGCAAGAGAAUGGUUUUUCCUACUUUCCAAGGAAAUGUUCAAUCCGUACUAUGGACUCUUCGAGUAUUCAGCAAUGGAUAAUUAUACACUUCAAAUUAAUCCCUUCUCGGGCGUCUGUAACGAGGAGCAUCUCAACUAUUUCAAGUUUAUUGGGCGUAUAGCCGGAAUGGCAGUUUACCACGGAAAGUUACUAGACGCCUUUUUCAUAAGACCCUUCUAUAAGAUGAUGCUGGGCAAGACAAUAGACCUGAAGGACAUGGAGAGCGUCGAUUCAGAAUAUUACAAUUCUCUCCUCUGGAUAAAGGAAAAUGACCCCAGCGAAUUGGAGUUGACCUUCUGCGUAGACGAGGAGAGUUUCGGACACACCUCCCAGAGGGAGCUUAAGUUAAACGGUGCGAACAUUCCUUUAACGGACGAGAAUAAAGAUGAGUACAUAAGCCUUGUGAUACAAUGGAGGUUUGUCUCACGAGUCCAAGAUCAGAUGAACGCCUUCCUCGAGGGUUUCAAUGCCCUCGUACCACUGACCCUGGUCAAGAUCUUCGACGAGAACGAAUUGGAACUUCUCAUGUGUGGUAUCCAGCAUAUAGACGUUAAAGAUUGGAAGCAGAACACCCUCUAUAAGGGUGACUAUCACGCUAAUCACAUAACCGUCCAGUGGUUUUGGCGUGUUGUACUGUCAUUCAGUAACGAGAUGCGAGCAAGGUUGCUUCAGUUUGUUACUGGAACGUCCAGGGUGCCGAUGAACGGUUUUAAGGAGUUGUACGGCAGCAAUGGACCCCAGUUAUUCACCAUUGAGAAAUGGGGUACUCCGAAUAACUAUCCCCGAGCUCAUACAUGCUUUAAUCGCAUCGAUCUACCACCUUACGAAAGUUAUCAGCAGCUGCGGGACAAGCUGAUAAAGGCGAUCGAGGGUUCGCAGGGAUUCGCAGGGGUUGAUUAGCGCGAGAUACCCUUUUUCAUGAUGAUACCUGUAAUAUAAUGUACAUACGUAGGAAGAGAGAGAAUGAAGUAUAUAUAUAUUCACACAUAUAUAUAUACAUAUAUAUGUAUAUACGUCUAUGUGCACGGACACACGCGACACCCGCUCACGCAUUUAUCCUCACAAUGGCGACAUUACGUUAACACGGAUUACGUAACAUGAACUCACGUAGUAUAAACGUAAAAAAUAAGGCGGCGUUAUGAGGACACGUAGGAUUGUGAUACGUGACGUCACAAGCAACGAAGCGAUCCUCGUGUAUUCCAUUGUGAAAAUCUACGAGGAUCUCACGCAAAAUUCAUUUGGGGAAUUUUUUCUCCUAUCAUUGGCUUUGCUUUUUCUACGGUUUCUCCAUUUUCUUUUUGUCUCUUAACGUUCUGCUGUGUCCUCCCGUUUGUCUCACUGUCGGUUUGUCCUGUUCUGUCUGUCUGCAUAUCUCUCCGUGUUCUUUCUCCCCUAAUAUGAUACGAGAACGGCGCGCGCGUUACGCUUCUCCGUAGAAUGAACUUCGGCCCUUCCGUCCUUUCUUCGUGUUUCUGUUUUCUCGAACGCGAGGCAAGACUUUUUGCGCGCACUAGUUGUACAUAAAAAAUUUAUAAAAAGAAUAAUAAUUCGCAGGAUAGCGACGCCCGCAUUCGGCUGUUGUAAUUGUAUUGCGCAGUACCCUGAGCUAGAGACGCUUUUCGCUUUCACGACGGAACGAAAGAAACGCGCGCCAUUUUUAAUUCGUGAGUUGUAUGAUGAUUAGCGAUGGCAGAGAGGAAUACGUAUUUAUUGAAUGAGAAGUCGCAGAAUUGUGAACGGUGUAAGAAAAGAAGCGACGUAAUUAGGAAUCGUGGCUCGCCCUUUACUUUAUAUUUACUUUUUUGGCUUUGAUAUAAUUUUUCGAAAAACUUGUUAUUACUCUCGCUCUGCUGAUUUUUACAUAGACGAGCACGCAUUGCACUGUUAUGACUAUUCGCUUAACUGUCCGGCCAAACCCUUAUUUUUUUUCUCUUCAAUGAACUUCGCCCUAGGAUACAAUAUAGUAUUUAUCGUAGCCGCGUAUCAAGGCUAAUGAAUGAUUUUUCGUUAUAAGACAAAGUGUCGAUUGAUUAAUUAAUCUCUCAGGGGAAGGAUGGAUUUAUUGAUAAAUUACUGACGAUACGUGAAAAUAUUUUGCGUGAAGGACGUUAACAUUCCAUCCUGACUUUAUGUAUAUUUCGUUAUUUUCUAAUCAAUGAAAAAAUACGUCCCCCACGUUGACCACGUAAUGUCUUAAAGAUUAUAGAGAGAACAAAGCGAAUACAUCUAAUUAUACGCGUAAACGCUUGUUACACUUCCGUCCUUUAACAGUUUGCGAUUUGGCGACACUUUGCAUAUCUUCUACACAUGUCUUUCUUUUAUCUCUCCACUCUACUCAGGAAACUACUUCGUUUUACUCUGCUUCUUUACUCACAGUCCCAUUUACCGCUUUCUCUUCUAUCUUCGUACGGAUUCUUCUGCAAUCUAAGAAGGAAAGAGAGUACUAUACCUAUACUAUAAGAAAAACCUUAAGAUAUACUUCUAGGAAAGACUUUAGAGGCCACUAGGGCACGUACUAGGUUGUAUCCUUUGAGCCACCGCCGUCUCUUUUUAUUCCCAAUUGCAAAGGAAAUAGCUAAAGACGUGUGUCUGUUGGAUUUUCUAAUGUUUUCUUUGGAUUUUUAUUCAAUACGGAAUGACCUGUUGGUCGAACGAAAACUUUAUCGGGUUAGAAUUAUGGCGAUAUAAGUUUUAUUGAAAAAAUCAGGUAAACUUUUUGCUUCGACAUGCGUGUAAAUAUCAUGGAAUGUAGGGAGGAACGUGGAUUAAGAUCAGAGGAGGUGGUGGAGGAUGAAAAAGAAUAUUAAAGAAAAAUAAAAUGAAAUAAAAGAAUGAAUAAGACAAAGGAUGUAUAAUAAUAUUAAGUAGAGGGACUUUCCAGGGUCCAUCGACUGCGCCUGUAAAGCUAUUGAUGAAUUGAUGUUUGAGUGUCCAUAGGAAUCUAAAUUAUUACAUUAUUACUAUUUACUAUGUUAAUAAUGAUAAUAUGGUGACGUUUCGGAGCACGCAUAUAGUGCAUUAGAUAUUGUAAUAAAUUAAGCUAAGGCUACGAGAUGAUGAUGCUGAUUUCCUUCUUAUAUGCAACACAUAUUAUGUUACGCGAGAAUGAAGCAUACGCAAAUAAAAGUAUAUUGGAAAUUAUAAGAGAA